GCAAAUGGCCUGCGGCCCGAUAGGUUACAUGGAAAAUGUAAAAACAUGGCUUACAUGUAACAGCGUCGAAGCUGUUGUGCAUUCUAUGUGCGUGCGAUAGGUUCGCCUUCUAUUGUUUGUAGUCUAUACGCGCCUUUGCCCAGGACCUCUUGGAUGAGGUAGGGUCCUUCCCAUUUGGGGGUAAGUUUCCAUGGGCAUUCCGCGUUAGACGCCUCAUUGUCGCGAAGGACGUAGUCUCCCGGGAUGAAGGUACAAAUGCGAACACGCGCAUUGUAGUACUUUUCCAGCUUAGUUUUGUACUUGGCCUCGUUGAUUUCUGUGUUUUCACGCCUUUCCUCUAGGAGGUCCAAGUCAAGCCUGCGCUCAUCAUUGUCGUCAAUUUUGUUGACAACCAACAUUCGAGGUGAAGGGAGACCUAUUUCAGUGGGGAUUACCGCCUCAGAGCCACAGACCAGGCUGAAGGGUGUCUCACCGUUACUUGUCUUUGGGCUAGUCAUGUGAGCCCAUAAGAUACUAGGUAGUUCAUCGACCCAGCCGCGUCUGGCUGUUCCCAAUCGUACCUUGAUGCCUUCAACUAAACUUUUAUUGAUACUCUCUACCUGGCCGUUCCCUUGCGGAUGCGCCACUGAGGAGAAUACGUGUUCAAUGUUUAGUUCCAUUAGCCAUUUGAACAAGGUUGUUGAGGACCUCAAGGCUGAAAUGCAGAAAUGGGUGACCAUUACUGAGGAGGUCACUGCCCGCGCGACUGAGGCUGAAGUGCGGGCAAGGGAGGCUGCUGAGGCUAGAGAUAGCCUGUCUUCCUCUUUGGAUCAGCUGAAGGCAUAUCGUGACUGGAUGCGUUACCACGGUAUCAGGAAUAUUGUUGGAACCAUUCUUGAUGCGCCUGAGAACACAGCUGCUGUAAAUGAGCUUAAGGAGUGCGCGUGGGAGGCAGGAUUUAAGGCUGCUUACAAUUGAUGCAUUAGCCAUAUGAACCCCUUGUACCAAAGCAAAUUUACUGAUGAAAGGUCUGGGUUUCAAGGCGUAGAUACCGAAGCGCGGUAUGCUGCAGCUAUUAUGGUGUAUAACGACCUAUCCAUUGCCGCUAUUAAUGAUAUUAAUAACUGCUUGGAGGCGGAGGAUUAUGUUGACCGCUUGCGGUUGUUGUAUGGUGAUCCGGAAGAGGAAGAGGAGCAAGCGGCCGCUGGCAGUGGCAAGGGUGAUGCAGGUACCAGUGGUACAAAGAAGGACUAGGUUGGCCUGCGUGCCCUUUUUGAUUUCCUCUUUGAUGUAAAUGUUAGAAAACUUUAUGUAAAUUUCUUGUGCACCGCGUAAGUGUAGAAAUUUUAUGAAAUACAAAGUUAAUCUUUUUAUUCAA